AUGGUCGACUUUGAGCAAUUGAAAUCCGCAUCCUUUCCUACAGCAGAAGCAACUGCCGCCAUUCAGGAUACAGUUACUGCAACCCUAGAAAACAACGAGUUCGACUCCACAAAAAUAAGCCCAUGGACUUCUGAUAUUAUUGACCGAUGCCUUCUUCAGUUAGCUGGGCUUAAUAAGCCGUUCAAAUACAUAGUUACUUGCGUAAUCAUGCAGAAAGAAAAUAGCAGCUUACACACAGCUAGUUCCUGUUAUUGGAACGAAACGACCGACGGAUCGUGUACAGUAAAGUGGGAAAAUUCAUCGAUGUUUUGCAUUGUGACAUGUUUCGGUCUCUCACUGCAACGUGAAUCUGAUUUGAGUAUUUAA